GUAAAUAAAAAGUCUGUGUGAUAUGAGUGAGAGCGUUGGGAAGAAACUGUUUUUAACUCGCUGCGCCUGUUGCCACUCUUUGGACUUGGGCGCUAAGCAUAAAGUGGGACCUAAUCUUUUUGGGAUCUAUAACAAAAGAUCCUGCACGUCUGAAGGCUACACAUACUCCCAGGGCAUGAAACACAAAGGCCCCACGUGGGAUGAAGAGAACCUCUCCAAGUUUCUGGACGACCCUAGAAGGACCGUUCCUGGCACCAAGAUGCUGUUCUCCGGCCUGAAGAAACCACAGGAACGGGAAGACAUUAUAGCUUUCUUUAGGAAAAUUAGCAAGUAAAAAAUGUGACUUUUUUAAAAUUGCAAACGGGACAUAACCUUUUAACCAAUAUGACGUUUGUUCUACUCAGAUUUUGAACUGUAAUUCUUCAUCAUCAUCAUCAUCAUCAGCCCGUUGCAGUCCACUGCUGGACAUAGGCCUCCCCCAAGGUACGCCAAAGAGCCCGGUCUGCUGCUUUAUGCAUCCAGUUUCCGCCAGCCCCCCUAUGCAAAUCAUCUCGCCAUCUAGCCAGAGGGCGUCCCACACUACGUUUGCCAAGACGCGGUCUCCACUCCAGAACACGCUUGCUCCCAGCAGUUACCGGUUCUGCGACAGAUGUGGCCAGCCCAUUGCCACUUCACCUUACUACCUUUCAGAGAACACCUUGUCCUUAGUGACCUUGGUCCUCUGGCGGAUAACUUCGUUCCGAAUUUUGUCCUUCAGAGAGACUCCAAGCAUAAUUCUUAUGCUGUAAUUCUUAUGGCUUCGUGUUUGUUUUAAGUAUAGUGGCAAGUAUUUUGCCGUUACCGAUUAAAGGGUCAAUCGUGUAUUACUAUGUUUUAAUCACUGGCGCUUCAAGAGCAGUCUACUACAAGACCAUGGAUCAAUGCCGUCCUUGGAAUGUCGGUUAGUGUUUAAAACAUAGUAAUAAGUACGCGAUUAAGUCCAGUUUGCAAUUUGAAAUGUGUAAAAAUAUUGGAAGCUUAAAUAAAUGUGACGUUUUUUCACCCUUUUCCAGUCAUAUUAGGGGCUUUUUAUCGACCACAUACUGUGUCAACACGAUUUACACUCUAAACUGCUAUUCAGGGUACAAAUUUAGCGUGUAAUUUUCCAAAAAUGAUUCGCCUUAAAAUCUAUUGUCAAAACAUCACUAUUUAGGAUAUACGUUGGAUUUUGUAUAAAACUUUCUAGAUUGGCGGGGCCUGGAAAAGGGUUAAGUAAAGCGCACCACAACAUCGCUUACCAUAAGGAAGAAAUUUGAUGCUGACGAUGCGCUUUCACAUUAUCCGAUACGAUAUUGGAUGUCGGACCGAUCCUAUAUAUUAAAGGCGCCAUCUUCAACAUUUGUCUUUCACAUCCUUCUUACAUCCCACAUCGGAUCGGAUAAU